UCACAUGCUUACCUGUACUGUACCCGCCAUCACAUUCACAUCCCAGUUCCCACCCUCCCUCCCAACUUAUUUUCAUCACACGCUCAUAUCUUCUGUUCUCUCUUUGAUUCUCUUCUCUCCGUCACAAUUUCUAGGGAGGGUUUUUUUGUCGUCCUUUGUUACUGGGCUUUUCAGACUGACGGUCUUCUCUCGCUCUGUAUCAUAAUCAAUGGAGACUGAUGAUAUUUACAGAGCCGGCAGCUUCAUACAGCGAGUAGCCUCUUCUAUAUGGACCGACGACAACAACAACAAUUCAAAGGAAGCUUUCUCGAGGGAAGAAGAUGACGAGGAAGCUCUCAAGUGGGCAGCACUUGAGAAGCUCCCUACCUACAGUCGGCUCAAAAAGGGCCUCCUCACCACCGCAGACGGCGGCGCCGACGAGAUCGAUGUUGAUCGGCUUGGAUUCAAGCAGCGGAAGGAGUUGGUGGACCGGCUGGUGAAAGUUCCACAAGAGGAUAACGAGAACUUCCUUUUGAAGCUCAGAGAUCGCAUGGACAGAGUGGGAAUCAAACUUCCCACUACUGAAGUGCGAUUUGAGCGUUUGAACAUUGAAGGAGAAGCUCAUGUAGGCAGCAGGGCUUUGACCACCUUCUUCAACUUCUUUCUCAGUAUAUCAGAGAGCUUGUUGAGUUGUCUCCAUAUCUUGCCCAAUGGGAAAAAGAAAAUUUCUAUCCUCAAAGAUGUCAGUGGAAUCAUCAGACCAUCACAGAUUACACUUCUUUUGGGUCCUCCAGGUUCAGGAAAAACCACUUUGUUAAAGGCAUUGGCUGGAAAGCUUGAUCAUUCUCUCAAGAUAACGGGGAAGGUCACCUACAAUGGUCACGGGAUGAGCGAAUUUGUUCCCCAAAGGACAGCUGCAUAUAUAUGUCAAAACGAUAUCCAUAUUGGAGAGAUGACAGUAAGGGAAACAUUGGCCUUCUCUGCAAGAUGCCAAGGGGUUGGGCACCGUUAUGAUAAGCUAAUUGAAUUGUCAAGAAGAGAAAAGGAAUCAAACAUCAAACCUGAUCCAGAUAUUGAUGUGUUCAUGAAGGCAAUAGCAACCGAGGGUCAAGAGACGAAUGUGAUAACUGAUUACAUUAUGAAAAUUUUAGGACUGGAAAGUUGUGCAGAUAUAAUGGUAGGGAAUGACAUGAUCAGAGGUAUCUCCGGAGGACAAAGAAAGCGAGUCACAACUGGUGAAAUGUUGGUGGGACCUGCAAAAGCAUUGUUCAUGGAUGAGAUAUCCACGGGCUUGGACAGUUCAACAACUUACCAAAUUGUCAACUCGUUAAAGCAAUACAUUCACAUUCUUGAUGGAACAGCCAUUAUUUCACUUCUCCAGCCACCACCAGAAACUUAUGAUCUAUUUGACAAUGUUAUUCUACUAUCGGAUGGCCAUGUUGUAUAUCAUGGGCCUAGGGAAUCCGUGCUCGAGUUCUUUGAGCAUAUGGGAUUCAAGUGUCCUCCAAGGAAAGGUUCUGCUGACUUCCUCCAAGAAGUGACAUCAAGGAAAGAUCAACAACAAUAUUGGAUGAAUAAAGAAACCCCAUACAGGUUUGUGACGACAAUAGAAUUUGCAGAGGCAUUUCAAUCAUUCCAUGUGGGAAGGAGUCUAGGACAAGAGCUUUUGACUCCAUUUGACAAGAAAAACAGUCACCCUGCGGCUUUAACAACUAAGAGAUAUGGUGUUGGGAAAAUGGAGCUCUUCAAAUCUUGUUUUUCAAGGGAGCUGUUGCUUAUGAAGAGGAACUCAUUUGUUUACAUCUUUAAGCUCUCACAACUUAUAACCAUGGCAAUUGUGGCCAUGACACUUUUUCUUCGCACUGAGAUGCAUCGAGAUUCAAUAACUGAUGGUGGAAUUUAUCUUGGGGCUUUAUUCUACACGGUGAAUGCUUUCCUGUUCAAUAGCAUGGCUGAGAUUUCCAUGACCAUUGCAAAGCUUCAUGUGUUUUACAAGCAAAGGGACUUCUUAUUUUAUCCUGGAUGGGCAUUUUCUCUUCCCCCAUGGUUCCUUAAAUUUCCCAUCACAUUAAUCGAAGCUGGCGCAUGGGUGUUCCUUACAUAUUAUGUCAUCGGAUAUGAUCCUAAUGCAGGAAGGUUAUUCAAGCAAUAUCUUUUGCUAUGUCUUGUUAGUCAAAUGGCUUCAGCAUUGUUCCGGUUUAUUGCUGCAUCAGGAAGGACAAUGAUUGUUGCUAAUACAUUUGGAUCAUUUGCAUUGCUUUCACUCUUUGCAUCUGGUGGCUUUGUCUUGUCAAGAGAGAACAUAAAGAAAUGGUGGAUUUGGGGUUAUUGGAUCUCACCAAUGAUGUAUGGACAAAAUGCAAUAGUUGCUAAUGAGUUCCUUGGAAGGAGCUGGAGCAAGGUUCUCCCUAACUCGACAGAAUCAUUAGGAGUUCAAGUUUUAAAGUCUCGUGGGUUUUUCCCACAUUCAUAUUGGUAUUGGAUAGGAGCAGGAGCUCUAGUUGGAUUUGUACUAAUAUUCAACAUGUUCUUCACUCUAGCUCUCACUUUCCUUAGCCCCUUCAAGAAAUCUCAAACUAUAGUGUUAGAGGAUUUUCAAAAUGAUGGAGCAGAUAAACCUGGAGGAAUUGUUGAGUUGUCCAACAUUGAAGGUGGAAAAGCAAGAGUUGGGACUUCACCUACAAGAAAAGGAAUGGUUCUUCCAUUUGAGCCAUACUGCCUCACGUUUGAUGAUAUCAAGUAUUCUGUGAACAUGCCACAGGAAAUGAAAAUGCAAGGUGUUGUUGAUGAAAAAUUGGAGCUUCUAAAGGGUGUGAGUGGUGCUUUUAGACCAGGUGUUUUAACAGCGCUAAUGGGUGUCAGUGGUGCUGGUAAGACCACUCUAAUGGAUGUCUUGGCUGGUAGGAAAACUGGAGGAUACAUAGAAGGGAACAUUACAGUAUCUGGUUAUCCUAAGAAGCAAGGAACUUUUGCUAGAAUUUCUGGCUAUUGUGAACAAAAUGAUAUACAUUCUCCACAUGUUACAGUUUAUGAGUCAUUACUCUACUCAGCUUGGUUAAGAUUGCCUGCAGAAGUGAAGGGUGAAACUAGAAAGAUGUUUGUUGAGGAGGUGAUGGACCUUGUUGAACUGAAGCCUCUUAGGCAAGCAUUGGUUGGAUUACAUGGAGUGAAUGGUCUUUCUACCGAGCAACGCAAGAGACUAACUAUAGCAGUUGAAUUAGUGGCAAAUCCUUCUAUUAUCUUCAUGGAUGAGCCAACUUCGGGAUUAGAUGCAAGAGCUGCUGCUAUAGUUAUGAGAACCGUCAGAAACACUGUGGACACUGGGAGGACAGUCGUGUGCACCAUCCAUCAGCCCAGCAUCGACAUAUUUGAAGCUUUUGAUGAGCUCUUUCUGCUAAAGAGAGGAGGUCAAGAGUUGUAUGUUGGGUCACUAGGUCAUCAUUCCAACCAUCUAAUUAAUUACUUUCAGGCUAUAGAAGGAGUUCCAGGAAUCAUCGAUGGCACAAACCCUGCAAACUGGAUGUUGGAAGUCACAAGCUCAGCACAAGAAAUGACACUUGGAAUAGACUUCGCUGCCAUAUACAAGAACUCAGGCCUCUAUAGGAGAAACAAAGCACUUAUUGCAGAACUAAGCACACCAGCCCCGGAUACAAAGGACUUGUACUUUCCCUCAAAAUACUCAUUACCAUUCUUCACUCAGUGUAUUGCUUGUUUCUGGAAGCAGUACUUAUCCUAUUGGCGAAACCCGCAAUAUACUGCUGUGAGGUUUUUGUUCACCGUCGCCAUAGCAUUGAUGUUCGGGACAAUGUUCUGGGACCUUGGCUCCAAAAGAUCAAAGAGACAAGAUCUCUUCAAUGCAAUGGGUUCGAUGUAUGCGGCCGUUAUCUUUCUUGGGGUCCAGAAUGCAUCCUCUGUACAACCAGUGGUGGCCAUUGAAAGAAGUGUGUUUUACAGAGAGAGAUCCGCGGGAAUGUAUUCACCCUUACCUUACGCCUAUGCACAGGUUGUGAUAGAGAUACCUUAUGUGUUCUCUCAAGCUCUUGUUUAUGGCCUCCUAGUAUACUCAAUGAUUGGCUUCGAAUGGACUACAACCAAGUUUUGUUGGUAUAUAUUCUUUAUCUACUUCACAUUGCUCUAUUUCACAUACUAUGGCAUGAUGGCUGUAGCUGUGACGCCAAACCACCACAUUGCAUCCAUCAUUUCCUCAGCAUUUUACUCUCUUUGGAAUCUCUUCUCAGGAUUUGUCGUGCCACGUCCACGCAUUCCAAUGUGGUGGAGGUGGUAUGCCUGGGCAUCUCCAGUAGCAUGGACAUUAUACGGGUUGGUGGGAUCCCAGUUUGGAGAUGUUGAAACCACACUACUUGAUACCGACGAGAGAGUCACAGAUUUCUUGAGGAGUUACUUUGGGUUCAGAAACGAUUUCUUGGGAGUGGUUGCAGUUGUGGUUGUCGGAUUUGCAACUCUCUUUGCUUUCAUCUUUGCCUUCUCCAUCAAGUACUUCCAUUUCCAGAGGCGAUAAAGAAUGAAUGUAUGGAAGCUAUCCCGCAUGGAUUGUUCUAUGGUGUUAUAAUGUGUCCCUUCCUUUGUUUUUUAAUUAGCAGGUUUUUCUAAUAUUUAAUAUUGGCAUUUCUAGAACUGUGGCGUUGUCUUGUGUAGUAAAGUGAAAUUUUGUAAUUGAUAGAUUGUGAGGAAGUACAUAACUUCUAUAACAGAAUGGCAAUAGAUUGUCAAAAUAUAUUAUUUGGAUAGCAAGUGGACUGUAGUAUGCAGAGGCGGACCCAAGUUCAUGGAUGGGUAGUCAAUUGAAAACCCUUAAAUUAAGAUUUUGGAAAAAA